CGCGUCACUUCUAGAAAAACGCAGCCGCCGGGGUGAGUUGGGACAGCUAGUGCUUGUUGUUUUUCUAGCUAACACUGUAACGGUUCCUACACACGGCGGAACCAAACUGCCUGCCGCGGUGCUUCAUAUUACGCUGUCAGCUCAGCUGACUCACCAGAGGGACAUUUAGAUCAAAUACAACUCUGGCAAAACAGCAGAGAGCCACACUGUUGGAGCUUCUUCAAAACAGCUAGCAUCAGCUAGCGGAGCAAAGGUAGCCUGCUAGUUGCGUAGCAGCAAUGGAGUGGCUUGGUAACAGCGCUUUACUUCAUGAUGAAGAGUCGAGCAGUGACCCAGCUCCAGCAGCCAACGGCUUCAGCGGUGUUCAUCCUCACCAGCAGUCACCGUUGUCGCACCGCUGCGAUUGUGCCAUGGCGUCGCUGUGUCAGGGCCGCUGUGUGAAAGCCUCCAUUGUGUCCAGCUGGAGACUGGCUGAGGCCCAGGAUCAGCUCUGCUCCCUGGGCGUCCACAGCUCAGAGUCGCUGGAGCAGGAGCGUGCUCGGACAAUGGCCUGCCCCACCGAACUCACGCACACUGAGGAGGAGUGGCGCCGCAAGGAGAGCAUGCUGGGAGGUCAGGAGCCCAGCCGCAGUCCUGUGCUCGGAGCUGCCAGUAGUUGGGACGUUUUUGAUAAGAGUAUUAUCAAUGUUCAACAUCUCCCUGAAGAUAUGGAUCAGGAAAAGUGCAAGACGUUUCUUCAAAAGUUUGACCAAGAGCUCCGGCAUUUUGGUAUGUUACACAGAUGGGAUGACAGUCAACGAUUCCUUGCAGAGAUGCCUCAGAUCAUCUGUGAGGAGACGGCAAACUACUUAAUUCUGUGGUGCAUGAGACUACAGCAAGAAGGGAAAGAAGCCCUGAUGGAGCAGGUGGCGCACCAAGCUGUCGUCAUGCGCUUCAUCCUGGAGAUGGCCUCGACCUCUCAGCAGGAUCCAAGAGGCUGCUUCAGACACUUCUUCCACAAAGCCAAAGAAGGACAAGACGUCUACUUAGAAGUCUUCCAUUCAGAGCUCGAGGCCUUCAAACAGAGAGUGAGAGAAUCCGCACUCAGGUCCAGAUGUGACGCACUCCAUAAUGUAGAACCACAACAAAGUGACACAAACUGCAGAGUUAAACCCAAAGAAGCCCUGGACUCGUUUCCUAUAGUGUCCGAGUAUCCCAAGAAGCGUUACAUAGAGGACGGACUGUGGACAAGCACAGGGAGGUGGACAAAGGACGACGCUGCAGAAACGGACGAUAUGCGUAUGAUGGAGACCUCCUAGGCUCCUGCUUCUCCUCCAUCUCCCCAUUUAGGAGUUUUAAAGUCCUCUAUACCCAGCAGAGCAGGAAUAAAAGGAGACUUGAUCGGUCUUUCACACCGCAGGAAACAAUGUUUUGCCGAUAAGAAACAUUCCUCUGUGUUGUCCAUACUGUGGAGUUCCUGCAGUGUCUCAUGACGGCUAAAAGCCCGCGUUGCAACAUAAUCCUGGUGGUGCAGAUGGAUUUCUGAUAUCCUUUAAGCUGGUUGCAUUUUUUAUUUCUCCUGGAGAAAAAGGGAAACCUUACAUGGUAGGAAAAAACAACAAUUGAUCAUUUAAACCAGGCAAUACAAAGAAUACUAAACGACUUAUUUGGGCAGUUAGGAACCAAAUCCAAUGCCUGAAGUAGGACUCAGGUUAGUGGACUUGAAAGGAUUAUUGUAAACGCUGCUUAAAUGAAUGGUGGACAGCAUGACUGACAGAUGCUGGCUUUUUCUGAAGAUUUUCAUUGAAUAGAAACAUCUGAUCAUGUAGCACCAUACUGUAGCUACUGUAAAACACACAAGUCAGUUGUCAAACAGUCUGGAUCAUGAGAAAGUUCACCUGUGGUGUUUCGCCUGGAAUGGAAAACAAAUAUCCUUCCGGGCAAAUGUACACGUUUUCUCAAUCUAAUGUCAGUCGGCGUAACUUUUUAUAUUCGGUGAAACAUGCUUGUGUUUGAAUGGCGUGAUGUUUGAAUCGGUAACAAAUACAGAGAGCACAAGCGCUCCAGUUGGGCUAACCUGGGUUUGUGUUUUCUCCAGCAACUUGUUUGGCUAUAAGGAAAUGACGGUAUAGGAGUAAAUGGUUUGUUCAACAGGUCAGAUUCAUCUUCCAGUGUUUGGACUCACAACUGACUUGCAUGUAUUAAGCAGCACAAAGGCUCAUUACCAGGAGAGGAUAAAUAAUGCAAUCUGUUUUUGAAGGAUAGGCAGUUAGCUGCAGAGUUGGGAGGCAUUAAGAUUGUUGGUGCAACAUUUACUUUGCUUUUGUCAAUCAUUAUUUUGUCGACAGCUGCCUUUUUGGACUUAAGUGAAUCAAGAGUUCAAUGAUGGUGAUCUUUGACUGCUUUGCUGAGUGGCUGGCACGUGACAGUCAGGAAUUACAACUUCUCUAAAGAUUACACUAGAGGUGGUUUUAAUGUUUAAGUUCUUCUGAAAAAAUAAGUAGUUAUUUUUGUUUUUGCGUGAGGCUUAAGGUGUCUUGGUAAUCAGACCUCCUUGACUACAUCUUCCAUUCACAUGCAAUUUACUCGAUACACGUAAUGGCUACAAAGUCCAUUGAAUCUCAAGUCCACAUACAGCAACAGAUGUUGAUGAUAAUUGUUUACGUGGCUGACUUUGCUCUUAUUGUCCUCUUCUGUGACAUCAUAAUCCACUCUUUACAACAAUAGUCAGUUGCUUAUUUAUUUAAGCAGCUUAACAUAAUGCAGCGAUGAAUAAUGAGCUAUAGACAAUAGUGCAUGAGGAGCAUUUUCCAACUCAGCAUUUAUUACUCAACAAAGCACACCGGUUUUGAUGCAAAGAGGCGAAAGUCAGUUUGAGGCAAUCUUGGUCUCUAGUGUUAACAGCAAAAAAUAUCUUCUAUCACUACGUUUGUUUAGUUAAUUAAUUAAUUAAUUAAUUUGACGAUUUCAAAAUCAUAGCCUCAAAUUUGACACAGGCAAUGUUUUAGCUUACAUUUUCUCUACCAGCUUCCCUCAACAUCUGGAACAUCUGUCAGUCUCCUUUUAUACCAAUGCUCUGCAGACUGGACUCAGUGUGUGUGUGUGUGUGUGUGUGUGUGUGUGUGUGUGUGUGUGUGUGUGUGUGUGUGUGUGUGUGUGUGUGUGUGUGUGUGUGUGUGUGUGUGUGUGUGUGUGUGUGUG